GUGUGUAAUAAUACUUAUUAUAGAAUGACUUAUGUUUCAAAUAUGUAACAAGAUUACAUUUCUAAUUAUAUUAUUCACAUAGAAAUUUAAUUUGUAUAUAUUACUGGUCUUGUUAUACACUUAUAUACAAUUUCGGGUUAUUUUAUAUGAGUUUAUUAGUGAGUGCUAUGUGCAUAAGAUGGAGUAGAGUAUACACCGUGUAUUAAUUAAAAUUAAUCUGAAAGUAAAGCUGAGAAUAAUUUUAUUUAUUCGUGGAUGUGCUAUAUUACUUAUUACUAGAAUUGCCACUAUAAUUCGUGUAUGGCAUAAAAACUCUAUUUAUAACCCGAGUGAAGAGUUAAUUAUAUGCAAUCCGAAGUUUAAUAUUAAUAAUGUGAGCGAAUAUAAACUCCUGUCUUGUACAUUGACCGUUUAUUGACAUUAAUCAUAUAUUACACAAAAUAAAUGACAGGCAACUGUCAGCUGCCAUUUAAAAUCAUUAAUUUAUGGUAUAUAUAGAUGUAGAAAUGGAUGUAUAAUGUAUUAUAUAUCUACACUAUAUUUACUGUAUAUAGCCUGUAUUCAGUGCUCUACAGAUGGUAUUAAAGAUGACGUUAGCGAUGGAUACGAUAAAAUGUCAGUUAAUAGUGUUAUAGUAGAUAAAACACAGUAUUUUGAAUAUAUUGCCCUGUGGUAUACUGCUAUAUUUUGUGUUUUACUAAGUUUGGUGGCAUUCACUAUGUGGAUAUUUGUGUACUACGAUUUUUUUGGGUAUGAGACAGUUUAUAACUACGUGUAUCCAGAUUUUAAUGCAACUAUAGAAGAGUGCGAUAAGAUAGUUUCGGCUAGAAAGCCGUUUUGUGACAUAAGCAAUAAUAGAAUCACAUACCAUAAUACACGCACACACAGUGAAAUGCAGGUGCCGCAGUGUGAUUACUUAGGAAGUAUAACGGAGAAAGAGUUGCCAGACUAUAUAUAUAACUCUAUUAUAGGGUAUUUGCAAAGUAAAGGAAAAGAAACACAUCUAAUCGACACAUGCAAUAACUCAGAGUAUGUUCUUAUAAAGAAUAUGAACUUUGCAAUUGAAGAAAUAUCUAAUAGUAAAAUAGGAAAUGCCUAUCCAGAACAAAUGAAGAGAAGUAUAGGCUGCAUAAUUACACAGUGGAUAUUAGACGUAGUCAACAAUAAAAUAGAAGGGUAUGAGAUUAUAAAGAAUGCCAUACUGUCAACAAUACAAGAAGCUUUUAAUAGCUCAUCAUUAGAAAUAAUUGAAGAGUUAAAAAUACUAUCCAGACCACUUUCUGAAAUGUCUGCUGAGGGAUAAUAAAAUUCACUUAGUAUCUCGAGGUAUGAUACAAAAAUAGAAGGAGAUAGUAGAAUAUUCAUACAAUAAUCGCUUGUGUCAUAUACUCUUCUAUACAGUCUAAUAUGU